AUGUCUGGAAUACUCAGGAAUUGCUUAUUGUCCAUCAGGAAUGCUAAAUUCAAGACCAACUCAUUGAAAAAGACACCGUUUGUAUUCACUAAUCCAAUUUCCAACUUUCAGGUAACGUCGACUAAUUGUAAUGGUGAAUCGGGCGAGAGCAGCGCCAGCACCAACACCAGCAUCAGCAUCAGCACCAACACCAGUACUAGCGCCAGCACCUGGGCUAUCACUGGACCGUCCAAGUCAACUAUGUUGAAGAUAACAGCGGGAGAGUAUAUAUCGUUUCCACCUCUUUCGAGAUCGUACCCACUCAUCAACGAGCCUGCAACUCAACUUCAAUUUCUAAAUUUCAACGACAAAUCUGGCCUUGACAGAGUGCACAUGUCAGCUAGAUAUGAGUCCUACUCUUUCAAGGGAGCGUUGGAAAUGAGCGAUGACACGAAUUCAGUAUUCAACUUUGUCACAGGAUUGAACAACUAUAAUACUCUGCAUAAACAUUUCAAUCUGGAGUACAUCAACGAUCUAAUGACACUUUUCAACUUGAAGCACCUUCAAAAGAAAUGGAUCAAUUCGUUGAGUAAUGGUCAAAUGAGACGAGCCAGGAUCGCAAAAUCGUUGGUUAAUAAACCCAGGUUGUUGAUAAUUGAUGACCCAUUUUUGGGUCUUGACCCUUCCAAUACGGAGAAAGUAAGCCAAGCCUUGAAAAAGGUACAUGAUACACUCAGAACUAGCAUUGUGUUAGGAUUGCGAUCACAGGAUGAUAUACCAGGAUGGAUUGAGAAUGUAUCUUUCGUGAAUGAAGAAGGGAUAGCCUUGAUGGGGCGCCAAAAUGAUUCCGGUUUCUCGAGAAAGUUUAAAGAGGCAAUUGCAACAAAUGAUGAUUUUAGACUGUGUGAGAAAAAUCUAGCAGCCAAGUCUUUGGUAAAGAUAAGCCCCGAAGCGGUAAAUUCUGAAAAGUCGUUUCACAUAGAAUUUGAUAAUGCCAGGGUUGCUUACAAGGACUUGGUAAUCCUAAAUGACUUCAACUGGAAGAUCCCCAAAGGAAGCAAAUGGAGAAUUUUGGGCGACAAUGGAACAGGAAAAACUACCAUUCUCUCAUUGAUUACUGCUGACCACCCGCAAAGUUGGAGAUCUGUAUUAAAAAUAAACAAUAAGUUGAGAAAGACUGGAAGUGGAGUAACUUUUUUUGAUGUCAAUAACCAAAUUGGCAUAUCUUCGCCGGAGUUGCAUGCAUUGGUUCCGCAACAUAGCAGCACAAUGAAGGACAUCAUAUAUAAUGGAUUGGUUCGCGAUAUUGGUAAUUCAAACUUUUCUUACAGAGCAAAGUUGGACAAGUUGGACAAGGAAGCACAGGAUCGAGUGGAUUACAUUUUAAACAAAUUUAGAGAUAUACUAGAGCAAUAUGGCGAUUCGCCUUUCAUCGAUUUGAGCAUGACGAAUCAAAAGUUGGCGUUGUUUCUCAGGGCGGUGAUUAAGAAUCCCGAGAUUUUGAUACUAGACGAAGCUUUCUCCUGUAUGGAAGAUGCUCAAGUGAUGCACCGUUGCCAUGACUUUAUUUCCAAUGAUCCCAUUUUCAACGAUAUGACUGUUUUAUCCAUUGGCCAUAUCGACUGGGAGUUGAACAAGUAUGAUUACAUGCUCAAGCUAAUUGGUGAUGAAAAUAGAUCGUAUGAAGUGUAUAGAGUAGAAAACUAA